GACAGAAAGUGAAAGAAAACUGCAGAGAAAGCAGAAGCAGAAAUCAGACAAAACCUUCCUGAAUCUGGAGAAAACAGCGGAUAUUCACUCACAGGCAUGGCGUCCUCCAGUGGUCUGAAUGAGGAGCUCCAGUGCUCCAUCUGUCUGGAUGUGUUCACUGAUCCAGUCACCACUCCAUGCGGACACAACUUCUGCAGAACCUGCCUGAACAAGUGCUGGACAAUCACACACACCUGCUGCUGUCCUUUAUGUAAAGAGGAAUUCAGCAAACAGCCUGAUCUGAAGGUCAACAUCGCACUGAGAGAGGUGGUGGAGCACUUUAAGCAGCAGAGCAGUCCAGCAGAAUCUGAGGUGUUGUGUGAUAUCUGUGAAGACAGAAAGCAGAAAGCAGUGAAGUCCUGCCUGACCUGUCAAAGCUCUUACUGUGAGAAUCACCUGGAGCCCCAUUACAGAGUCCCACGCCUGAAGAAACACACACUGAUCAGCGCUGUGGAGAAUCUGGAGGAUUACAUAUGCCCGAAACACGAGAGACCUCUGGAGCUGUUCUGCAGAGAUGAUCAGAUGUGUGUGUGUUUGUUCUGCACUGAAGGAGAACACCAGAGCCACAACACUGUUCCUAUAGAGCAGGAGAGCCAGCAGAAGAAGAAUCAGCUUGUGAAGACACAGACAGACGUGCAGCAGAUGAUCCAGGACAGAAUGAAGAAGAUUCAAGAGAUCCAGCACUCAGUACAGCUGAGAAAGAGGAACACAGAGAAGGAGAAGUCCAGCAGUGUGGAGCUCUUCAAUGGUCUGAUCCGCUCCUUCGAGAGAUGUCAGUCAGAUCUGCUGAAGAUGAUGGAGGAGCAGCAGAAAGCAGCAGAGAAACAGGCUGAAGAUCUGAUUAAAGAGCUGCAGCAGGAGAUCACAGAGCUGAAGAGCAGAAACACUGAGCUGGAGAAGCACAUGCACUCUGAAGAUCAUCUCCACCUCAUACAGGUUUACCCAUCCCUCAGCAGCUCUGUAAACACCAAGAGCUGGUCUGAGAUCAGUGUUGACUCUGAUGUGGAUGCGCUGCUCCCACUACACAGAGCUCUGACUAUACUAAGAAAAACCCAGGAGACGAUACAUGAAAACAUCAGUCAAACUGGGUUGAAGAGUGUUCAGCAGUAUGCAGUGGAUGUGACUCUGGAUCCUGACACGGCGAAUCCAUUUCUCAUCCUGUCUGAUGAUGGAAAACAAGUCAGUCUUGGAGAUGUUGAGAGGAACGUUCCAGAAAACCCAAAGAGAUUUGAUGAAACUGCUUGUGUUCUGGGGAAACAGGGCUUCAGUAGAGGGAGAUUUUACUAUGAGGUGCAGGUGCAGGGGAAGACUGACUGGGUUAUAGGAGUGGUCAAAGAAUCCAUCAACAGAAAAGAGGAUAUUGAUGAGAUGAAUUUGAAUGGACUCUGGGUGAUUAUGAGUUUCGAGGAUCAAUAUGCAGUUGGUAGUAAUUCAAUAUUCAUGGUACUUCCAAACGCAAACCCUGAGAAGGUUGGAGUGUUUGUGGAUUAUGAGGAGGGUUCGGUCUCCUUUUAUAAUGUGGAUGCCAGAUCUCACAUCUACACCGUCACUGCUCAGACUUUCACUGAGACACUCUAUCCAUACUUUAGUCCAAGAAAUAAUAAUGACGGUAAAAACUCAGACGCAAUGAUCAUCACACCUGUCUGCUCUAUUUAACAAGUCAAAUGAACAAGCAUAAUCAUGCAGAUUUUACUAAGUAAACUAUGUAGACACAAAAACCAAAGACUGUGUCAGGAUUUCAGUUCAUCUUAAAGGCAGAAAUCAUCAAU